AUGCUUAUGGUUGGCGUUAAUGAAUGUCUCCAGGAGAAUCAUAAAUGCAGAGAAAGUUGUUCAAAUGUUGUGAGAAUUGGUGGGUUGCCACACUUGGUAGAUGCCAACAGAACAGCUUUUGUUGGAAUUGAUAUGCAAGUUGUAGCAGAAUGUGGAUGUGAAGCACAAAAUUUUAAGAAACCUGAAACCUGUAUCUGUUAUAAUGGAGGCACAUGUAUCUGGAAAGGGAACAGCAUAAGUUGUUCCUGUCCACAUGGUUAUCAUGGCCCAAGAUGCCAAGGAACUACAAGAGCAUUCCAGGGAGAUGGAUGGGCAUGGUUCCCUCCCCUUAGUGUUUGUGACAAAUCACAUCUGAGUGUAGAAUUCAGAACAAGGAACCCAAAUGGUAUUUUAUUAUACAAUGGACCCAUUGCAGCAUCAAGCAAUGAACAGGCUCUCACAUCAGAUUUUAUAUCCUUGGAGAUAGAAGAAGGUUUACCAAAACUGUUAAUCAAUUUUGGUUCUGGUGUACUUACAAUGAAGAUAAAUAAAAGUACACGAUUGGAUGAUGGACAGUACCAUCACAUAGACAUCUUCUGGAACACAGAGAAUAUUCAUCUUGUAGUGGACUUCUGUAAAUCUGCUGUCAUGGAUGAUACUGAAGAUGGUACACCUGCAAGGUUUGAUGACAGCAGCUGCCAAGCCCAAAGAAAAAUUCCAUUUUUCAGUGAAUACUUGAAUGUCAAUUCGCCUCUUCAAAUUGGUGGCAUCUACGCUCGGCCAUUCCCAUUGGGAAAGUAUAAAUGGAAUUUGAUGCCCAACAUGACUGGGUUUUCUGGUUGCAUCAGAAACCUGUUUUACAAUGGCCAGCUGUAUGAUCUUUCUGAUCCGGCUUUGUCAGAAAACAGUAGAAGAGGCUGCCCAGUGACAGAGCAGCUAUGCUCCACUACUGAUUGUGGUGCCCAUGGUUCUUGCAAUGCUGACACUUCUGAUGUUCAUUGCACCUGUGAUUCUGGAUGGUCAGGACACAGCUGCCUUACACCAACUGUACCUACGCGAUUUGGCUCUCACAGCUUUGUGAAGUUUUCAUUGUCAUUUGAACCAAACAAACUGUGGACACUAAUUCAGCUCAUGUUUCGAACAAGAGAAGCAAAUGGAGAGCUGUUUCGUGUUACAAAUCAGGACAGCAAGGAAUAUGCUAUACUUGGGAUUAAGAACCAUCAUCUACAAUUCUGCCACAAGAGAAUUGAUGAUUCCAAUACAGAGAGAGUAAUCAGCCUGGAUUCUGUUGCUGUGGAUGAUGGACAGUGGCAUACAGUUAAGGUUUCACAGUAUGGCUUUACAGCCAUUCUAAAACUUGAUGUCGGGGAAGGCCGAUAUUAUAAUGAAAGCGAUCAGUGGAAUUUUAUUAGUGUACAAAAUGAAUUAUAUGCUGGUGGAUCUACAGAAACUGGAAGUAAAAAUAUGCUUCAAUUUUUUGGUGAUUUCCAGAAUGGGUGCAUUGAUGAUAUACGUUUUGAUGGCAAAAAUCUUCCUCUUCCACCAUCAGUGAAUGGUACUCAGUGGGCACAAGCUGUUCUAGCUCAAAAUGUGGAAAGAAAUUGCUUAUCUAACAUAUCCUGUGAUGAAGUUGUUUGCCAAGAACCUCUCACAUGUCAUGACAUAUGGAACAAACAUGAGUGCAAUUGUGGCUCCAACAAAGUAUUUGAUGCUGAUGAAGGCAUCUGUAUUGAGAAAAAUGACUGUUAUGAAGAGUCAUGUCUGAAUGGUGGAACAUGCGUCAGUCAGUACCCCUACAGCAGUUACCAGUGUGUAUGCCCCAAGGAUUUUUGGGGUCAACAGUGUGAGCACAUGGUUCAAGAACAGUCUGUGAAACUUAGCUUUGGUGCUCUGCUAGUAGUUGUAACAUCCUUCAUAAGUGUUCUUGCUUUAGUGGUAUUUCUUGUGGUAUGCAAAUGGAAACAAGCAAGGAAGUGUAAAGUCCCAGGACCAAAAGAAGACAUUCGUGAAAAUAUCAUUAUUUAUGAUGAUGCAGGAGGUGGUGAAGAUGACAUGACAGCAUCUGAUGUUAAACCCCGUAAAGUUCCAGUACCAACAUUGGCAGUAGUUGAGACAGUGGAAAUGAAGCCAUUGCCUGUACAAACAAGUAAAGAUGUUGAUGCUUUAGUGCAAAAAUACAUGAAGCAAGCAGAUGAAGAAGUUGGCUGUCUAUCAUUUGACGAUCUGCGCAGUUACACUGACGAAGGAGGCAAUAGUGAAACUUCUUCUCUCUCUUCCAUUGUGUCUGGUUCAGAUGACAAGGAGCAAGAUUACAGCCAUCUCUAUGCAUUAGGAGCAAAAUUUAGUAGACUUGCAUGUAUGUAUAAUAAGGAGGAAACAGCAGAGGAAGAGGCAGCACAGAAAUAA